AUGUCCAGGAUGACGACCAGGAAUGGAGGGGUAUGCAACACGGAAAACUCGGCUGGUGCUACUCUGGAUAAGCCUAAGGAGGUGCCGGUGGUCGUCGACGCUUCUGCAUCCUCGUCUGUCAAGCGCACGACCGAUCUGUUCACGGAGGCGGACAAAGACGCACUUCAGCCGGAUGUGACGGCGCAGCACUUGAAGGAGGCUGCACGGAGUUUGCUGGGAACAGCUGUUUCCGGAGCGUCAGUGGCUCCUACAGUUGGCACUGAUAAGCCUGUGCCUGCAGACGGGGUGGAAGGCGACAAUGUCAGUCAGGAGAAGCGUGACGCUACGAGGACUGCGCUAACUACGGAUGACGAUGAGGAGGACGACGGGUACCUCAGUGAUGAUCUUGAGGAGCGGUAUGAUGCGUCUGUGAAGAGCGAAGUUGCACAGCGCGUUCGGUGCGCCAUUGUCUUGCUGAUUCCUUUCGUCUUCAAGCCGGAGGUGAUGCGGGUACAGGCAACCUUACGCGCGCUUUUUAAUCUGUGGAAGAAGGAUCUGAAAUUUGAGAUUCAAGGAGAGACAAAGUUUCAGGAGUUAUCAGUGGUGUACCUGAACAAGAAGCAGUAUUGUCGGCUGCAGGUUACCUUUGAGCGUGCUCGGGACGCGAACUUUGUGUGGAAGCACGGCAUUGUGCACGUAUGUCUGGAUGGGAAGCGGAUCAACCUCGACUGGCAGCACCCGGUUGACCCUGCGUAUGUGAAGGUGCGGGCUGCAGACCCAUCGUUGGUGGAAGUCCUGUUUAAGGGAGUGGAUGCCGUGAUCACACCUGAGAUGCUGCGGGAAAUGCUGGUGAUGGUGAAACUGGAGAAGAGGGGAAGGUCUGCGUUUAAGGAAGGGAGCUGCUUUCACCGGAUGGUAAGUGGUGUGGUGCUAAUGUCGUGGGUGUGUCGGAUCCGCGCAGCCGCCUCAGUCCAUAUCACAGAUCUGACCAGGCUCAUUCUGAAGGACCCGGCGGUGGUGCUGAUUUUGACCGGCGCGAACCGCGAGGAAUGGAUCUGCAUGCAGGAAUGCUGCGAGAAGGCGAACGGAGUUACUUUUGCGCAAGCGGCAGAGCGUGUGGUCUCACAGAGGCACAGCGACAGGGUGUCAGCUGGCUUUGCAUCGCGCGUUUCAAAGGCUGGGGUGGCGCUGCAGGCGGCGAGGAAGGAGUUCGGGGUGUGA